AUGAACACCGAGCGGCUAUCACGCUCCUGCAAAAUAGUCUCCUUGCUCGGACCGGCUGCGGGCUUCUUCUCGGUGGUCGCUGCCUUCUUCUCGGCGGACGCUGGCUUCUUCGUGUCCUUCACAGGUCCUUCCUUACCCUUUUUGACCGGUUUUGGUUCGGAUUUCACGACUGGCGCUGGCACCUCAUCCUCCUCCUCAUCCUCAUCGUCCUCGUCGUCGUCAUCGUCAUCGUCAUCAUCAUCAUCAUCGUCAUCAUCAUCAUCAUCGCCGUCCUCUUCGCCCUCGGAAUCCAUCUCGAUGUCGUCCUCCUCCUCGUCGUCCAGAUCCUCGUCGAUCGGAUCACGGGCUGUUUACCUCUUCUCGCCAGCGAACGAAAACACUGCAGCAGGAGAAACGAACCGAACGAUCGCUGAUGAUGUAGCCGAGUUUGCGGAUGUUACGCUUAGCAACGACGAUGACGAUUGCUCCAAGUAUAUAUGCACCGGCUGUGUGAAUGUGCUCGGGGCCGGGCUUCAGCUGCGCCGCGAAAUCCGUAUCAGCGAGAAGGUCGUUGAAACCGUGUUACAAUCCAUUGAGGUACAGGCAGGCUCUCCGAAAUGGGAUCACAACUAUGGCACGCUAGAGUACUUGGAAGAGUACGAGGACGAAAUCGAAGGCAGUAUCGCAGCGAUUGCCGGAUCCAACUGGAGUGUUCUGGAGGAAAGUGUCCAGAAUAAAGCCGCAAUCAAGGCGAAAAGCACCACCGUGAUGAAUGACGACGGAUCUCAGGAGGAAAGUAGCCCAAAUAACAUUGUUUAUGGAGAUGACGAAACGCUACAGGAUGACAUUUCCACGGAGCAACUAUUGGAACAGGAGGACGACAUGAUUCCGUACACUUUUUCGGAGGUUGGCAAAUUUGCGUUUGUUAAACCACCCGCCGAUCUGGUCAGCAACAGUAUAACGUUCAAAGACUUCGAGUAUCUAGAGAUCGAUGGUGAACGGUGUUGUGGCUGCUCCUACAUUGCGCAUACGCACGAUGAACUGAUGGCGCACGCGGCACAGGUACACUCGCAGAACUACUAUCCGGACAGUAGCUACACCUGCCCUACCUGCUAUCAAAAGUUCCCAACAGAGGAAGAACUAUCGAACCACGCUCUCUACUAUUUGACCAACGAUGUGUUCCUGUGCAGUUUGUGCCAGUAUGCGUUCAACUUCAAGAGCCAUCUUAUGCAGCACCAGAAACAGGAACACCAACAGCAGAAGCAGCAAACGGGAAUAAAAAGGAAAGAUCAAAAGUCGUUCAAGCAAGAUGCAAAGAGAGCCAUGAUAUCGAAAAAGAUUUACGAGAUUCCGGAGGAACCGUUCAUCAAGGAGGUGAUUGAUCAUCAGCAUUAUCGGGAGUACCAUCUCAAGGGGGAGCGAUGCUGUGCAUGCGAUAUGCUACAAGAAUCGCUGCACGAUCACGCGAAUGAAAUGCAUCGGCAGCUGGAGAACAUGCUCGAGACUGUGGAGGGCGUAACGAAGUGUGCCGUAUGUCAGCGAACGUUUGCCUCCGAUUGUGAGCUGAUAGUGCAUGAGGAGCAGCGUCGAAUGUUGAACCAAGUAUAUGAGUGUAGCACAUGUGCCCAGACUUUCGGCAAACGACUCCUGAUCAUGAAGCAUCUGCUGCAACAUAACGCACAGGAGCAAACCAAAAGCCAGAUAAUUAAUGAUGAUGAUGCAAAGCGAUCGUCCCCAGCAGACGUCGUGGAAGAGAGUGUGGAGGAAGAUACAGCGUUACGGGCCCUUCCAGCGGUAAUGGAUGAUUCGGAAAACCGGAAUGCCGUUGGAUUACAGUGCUUCCCCUGCUGCUUCAAUCGGUGCCACCAAUCGUAUCCUUCCGAGAAGGAGCUAUUGGAACACGUCCACGAAAAGCAUGCCGGACGCCAGAAGGAGAAUGAAAUGACCCGUGAAAAGAACCGACCGAACGCAGAUCCGACCCUCGUAUGUCCCAUUUGUCAACGAUGGUUCGAAUCGGAGGAAAAGUUAACCUCCCAUCGGAUGUACAAGUUGCGCGUCGAGAGACUUUCCUGUCGUCACUGUGAUCGCCAGUUCGUGAGAGCGCAGGCACUAUCGGAACACCAGCUGCGCGAACAUUUUAAUCUUCCCACUCAGUUUACCUGCACGACCUGUGACAAGCAGUUUCAGAAUCGCCAUUCACUGACCCAACACAAGCGGACGCAUGAGCCAUCCAGUAACACCCCUUGUUUGGUUGAGGGCUGCGAAAUGGUGUUCCGUGAUGAGCGUCUAAUGCGUCGCCACUAUCGGAAUGUGCACACCGAGUACACACCAUACGCGUGUGAAGAUUGUGACCGACAGUUCCGCACGAAGGAAGCUUUCGUUCUGCACCGACGAAGUCACACCGGAGAACGACCGUUCCACUGCCGCUUCGAUGGCUGUAAUCGUACCUUUGGCCACGGUACGGACCGUCGACGGCACGAACGAUCGGCACAUACGGGAUCCAUCGGGAGCUUGUGUUUUUCUCGCUCGGAUUUUCUAAAUUCCUGCGGAUUUCUAAUCUUUUACUCCAAAAGCACCAUGAAACGAACCUCGAAACGACUUGAGAAGAUCAACGCAGAUCAGAAAAAGAAACCGAAACCCGAUGGCGCCGUUUGCUGCUGUUUUUGUUUGCAACAGUAUCGUACCACGGGGCUCAACAAACUGGACGCUGUUGUACCCGACGAACCGUCUUUGACCAUCGGAAGAGUCGUCGAAAAGGUCGCCUCGGUUAAGAUCAAAAGCAACAACGAGAGCAUAUGUGAUCCGUGCUGGCACCAGAUAAAGAGCGCCUACGAGAUUCAACGCAGAAUCCGUGUCUCGAAUCGGUUGGUGGUGAAACAAGAAGAGCACGAAAUCGAAUCAUCCGAUGAGUCCGAUACAUCAUCACCCAUCGAACAGGUAGUAAUAGAGGAGAUCCUGGUGAAAGAUGAGGCGGAAUACGACGCGGAGUAUCUAGAUCACUGUGCCGUAUCGAACGAUCAUAACUACGAUGGGCAUGGUCCGGAUGAAGAGGACACCCUGAUUUUAAGCGAUACCUUCCUACAUGAAGAACAGGAAGAGGACUACGAGGAGGAGGACGAGGAGGAGGAGGAUGAUUUCCAUCCGGAAAUGACGCUACAUAUGAAAGCGGACGUCAUUGUAGAGGACGAAAACAGACCGUACGAAACGACCGGCAACAUGACGCGCCAGUUCAAAUGCCCUUCCCAGGCACUUAUUGUGAGUGAUGAGAAGUUCGAGAACUACCGGCAAGUACGGGUGACCGGUAACCGGUGCUGUGGAUGCAGCUUCGUAGCGGCGAACCGUCGCGAACUAUUACGCCAUUCGGAGCAGCUUCACGCAUGCACCAUCUCCGAUGUAGGCGACUACUGUCCCAUCUGUUUUUUCAAGUUUGCCAACGAUAAGCAACUCGAGCGGCACAUACGAGAGUUUGAAUCCAGCACGAUGCUCGUCUGUUUGCGCUGCAAUUGUUUCUACAACAACCGGUCCCAUCUGUACAAGCAUUUGCUAAUGUGUGGCGAAGAAGCGACACCCGAAGCAGCGGCCAACGAUUCGACGGACGAAAGCGAAGACGAAGCGGAGAAUGCGGUCGAUGAGAAUGAAGCGGACGAAAGCAAUACUGGUGAUGGUGACGCAAACGACACGAUCGAGUACUACCUGCUAGAAGAAACGCCAACCCGCGGAAGUGAUCUGCGGAGGAUGUAUCGAUACCGGGCCAAAAUUGCUGACCUGCUCACCGAUAUUAAUCUAUCGUAUCCCGGAGGCCAGGAACAGCUCAACAUCCAAGAGAGUCAAAUACACCAGCGAGAAGUGUUUGAUACGUUCGAGUAUGUGUAUCUGCGAGGAGAGCGAUGCUGCGGUUGUACGUAUACGGCCGUCUCGGCCGAUCACCUAAUGGAGCACGGUGUCUUAAACCAUAAUGCGGGUACUGGUGCAAUCGACAACCGUACCUGUGGUUUGUGUAACGCCGGGUUCAACAGUGUGCUGGAGCUGUUGAAACAUUAUAUUUUCCAUGUCUGUAAACAACUGUUCUUCUGUACGAUCUGCCAGGUGUCCUUCGUUUCCCUCGAUGGCCUUCAGAACCAUCAGCGCGAUAGCGAAACCCACCACCAAAUCGCCAAGUACCAGCAAGCCGGUUUAGCGGAUCGCAUCACGGAUGAGCCAAACCUGUUCGUCGAGUUGGAUCGACCGGGGGUGAUGGACCGAUUACAGAAGGUGCUUGCUCAGAGAAUGAUCUACCGUACCACUCCAAUGCGAGGUUUACUCAUCCCGGACGAGAAGUUUAUUGUGGAAGAGGAAGAGUACAACACAUACCGUAAGCUAAAAAUGACCGGUGAGCGUUGCUGCGCUUGUGGACGGUUUUUUGAAACGAUCGAGGAGAUGCUUGAACACGCCCGGUUGGCACAUUUUCGGCCGAUCGUGAAUGUGUCCUCCUUCUGGGACGGAGGUCACCAGUGCAACUACUGUCUGUCGCAAUUCGAAAGCCAACGCGGACUCCGGAUGCACUGGGCGUAUCGGCGUAAGGGCAACAUUACCCUUUAUGGCUGCAAGUUGUGUGGCCUAGUGUUUUCCCGAAUGUUUUGUCUUGCCCGCCAUAUGCAGCUAGCCCCGAAUCAUCUGUCGAAAUUGAUGCAGGAGGCAUCUCAAGACAAGAAUGCCGAGAAACAGCUCGUGAAACCGAAGCACCUGACACAUGACAAAGCGUACGGGGAUGCAGCACGUGGAUCGAAGGAGCGGAAGGUGAAGCAAAAGGAAGAUCCGCGCGUCGCCGAGGCGCUUGAGCUGCAUCCCACGAUUAAGUCAGGAAAAGUGGGACAACAGAUCGGAUAUCACUGCUGCUUUGCCAAGUGUUCGCAAGCGUUCGAGGAAGAGCAAGAGCUGCUUCAGCACACCCGCGCCGAACACGAGGGCAAACGUAAAGAGUAUGAAAGCGAGCGGACGUCUGUGAAGCACGUGUGUCCCGCAUGCUGCAAAUCCUACGACACGCAGACGAAGCUAAACUGGCAUCGAUUCCAGCGCUUCAUACCCCGUCAAUACAAUUGCAAACAUUGCAAUCUAAGGUUCACCAAGUGGCCGCUGUUGCAGAUGCACGUUGCUACCGAUCAUCUCGGGAAGCCACCCAGCUUUGCGUGUACAAAAUGCGACAAGGUGUUUGUCACCCGGUCGCGCCUGAAAGCUCAUGAGAAGGUACACGAAGAGGUCAAACAGUUCGCAUGCGACGAGUGUGGCGAUAGGUUCCGGCACAAGGGAUUGCUGGUGCGGCACAAGCGUGCCAUACACACGGCCGAGCUGCGCUUCGAGUGCAAACUCUGCUCGAAGAAGUUUGCCGUGGUGGAAAAGCUGAAAGUGCACCAGCGGGUGCACACGGGACAUCGCCCGUACCCAUGUCAGCAUUGCGAUCGCAGCUUCAGUCACCAUAGCGAUCGCAAGCGGCAUGAAAUGGCGGCCCAUACCGGGGUACGACCGUACCAGUGCACGAUCUGUUCCGCUUCUUACAUCCGGAACCGAGAUCUUGUUUUGCACAAGCAAAAACACGUGUCAAGGGGGGAAACGGAAGCGACCAACAAACUCAUGGAGCAAUAAUGAUGCUUGUACUCGUAAUAAACCACUAUUGUAUUAU